UAAUAUCGUCUUUCAGGUUGCUUCUGAUGUCAAUUCUGCUCUCAGAAGCGCCUGACCUUGAUCUUUUAGCGGAACGUAUGACAGCGUUGCCAUUCUUAACCGAGGAAAAGCGCUCUGGGCAUCCCUCAUGAGUACGGUCAUCAACACCGCUGUCACGGUCUCCUCUUACAUAGCUGCUACGCUGCUCUCGUAUCGACAUCGCAAGUCGUACCUCAGCAAGAUCGAAAUGCCUCUUGAAAUCUCUGAUCGCGUGUACAAGUGGUGCACAUCCGACGAGUCUGUCAGCGCCUUGUUGGCCGCAGAUCCCACAAUUUCUCCCAAGGACGCGGCUAAAAAGUUGUACGGCCACGUCAAGGUCAGUGUUACGAUUGAGAAGCCGCCAAAGGAGCGGGUGACAGCGACGGAAGGGGAGCUGCAAAAGGCCUUGGAGUGUGGAAAAUGGGGCCCGACAAAGCCAAGCGAGCUAUUUUUGAGGAUCUAUCACGAUGCCGUGUGUCCGCUAGAGCAUGAUCCAUUGAUGGGCUGUGUGAGCCCUAGCUUGAUGGGUAGCUACGGCGUGAUACCGCUGUCAAUCAUCGCGCCUCUACCAGAUCUGGUCAGACAUAUGUCCAACCUAAUAGCAAGAGCAGAACGAGAAGUGUUCUUGGCAACCAACUACUGGAUUCUCUCUGAUGCGUCGACCUUGAUCACGGACGCAAUGCGGGAACUUUCGAAGCGAGCAGGAGAGCGUGGACAGAAGAUUGUCAUGAAGAUCAUGUACGACCGCGGAAAUCCCAAGCAGGCGUUGCACAACCACCAACUUGUUUCGCCAUCGGAGUACUCCACGGGGAAAGUGUGUAUUCCACCUCCACAUGAGAUCCCCAACAUUGACCUUCAAGUCAUCAACUUUCACCGGCCAACCUUUGGGACAUUUCAUUCCAAGUUCAUGGUCGUAGAUAGGAAGUACGGAAUCGUGUCGUCAAACAACAUCCAGGACAACGACAACUUCGAAAUGCUCACCCACCUGGAAGGCCCCAUUGUGGACUCGCUGUACGACGUGUGUCUGAUUUCGUGGCACGAAGCUCUGCAACCUCCACUACCCUCGUACAACAGUCCUGCCUCGGAGGGUGGCUAUCCGUCAUUCACAGACCCCUCGUUUCGCUCCCUUUUCGAUGCUGAAGGCAGGUUCAUCACCCCGUCACGUGGACCUGCACGCGAGCUUCAAGAGGUAGUUAAGGACGGUGAGCAAGCCUGCCUGCCUCUUCACGCGCCAAAUGAUCCACACUACGAUGCCACUAUUGCCGAAGAGAUAACACGGAUGCAAUCCGUGCUAUCGCCACGCGAUGGCAAAUCACGAAUGCAGCUUGUCACAGAGCACCUCAAUCGUGCGACGCAUCAGAGUUGUGCCGGCACGGCACCAGAAUGUAGACCGGACGAGGAAAUGACGCCGUACAUUCCCCAUCCCGUCUCGGAUCCUUUCCCGAUCGCGUUGGUGAACAGGAAGCCAUACGGAGCGCCGAACCACCAGUGCGUGAAUACGCCGCAAAACGAGGCUUGGCUAUCGGCUGUGCGCAAUGCGACACGCACCGUUUUCAUACAGACCCCAGACCUUAAUGCGGAGCCUUUACUCCCAGAACUCCUAGCGGCAGUGAGACGCGGUAUAGAGGUCACAUACUACGUGUGUCUUGGGUACAAUGACGCUGGAGAAUUGCUACCGAAGCAGGGAGGACACAAUGAGAUGGUUGCGAACAAACUGUACACGCAGUUGCAAGCCGAGGAGAGAAAAAGGCUCCACGUCGGUUACUACGUUGCAAAGGACCAGACGAAGCCGAUCCACAACAAGUUCAAGGCCCGAUCGUGUCACAUAAAACUCCUCAUAGUUGACUCUCACAUCGGCAUCCAAGGAAACGGCAACCAGGACACUCAGUCUUGGUACCACAGCCAAGAGACCAACAUCAUGAUUGACAGCCCCGCUGUCUGUGCCGCAUGGGAAGAAGCGCUUCGUCGGAAUCAGAACACGCACCUAUACGGAAUGGCGAGCCAGGAAGACGGUAUAUGGAGGGACGAGCACGGUAACGAAGCAGAAGGCGCAAUAGGCAAGGAUCCUGGUCACUUUGCGUGGGCCAAGGGGAUCAUGGGGGCAGUGAACAGAGUAAGAGGCAUCGGGGGAUUUUAAAUAAUUUGACGAGCGCGAUUAUGUUCUUCCGGGUUGUUUGUAAGCGACGGCGCCUGAUGGUUUUGGAUAUUGCGUUCACAUACUAGCUUGCAAUGUGUGCCAUUGCCGCUAAAGCUCUUUUACUAAUGACUUCGUAUCGUCAAUGACAAUUCUCGC